GAAAUAACGAACGAAGUAAAAGAUAUUCGGUCUGGAAAAAAAAUACCACGUCGUCGAUACGGUCUCUAUUCUUGAGUAUACCUGCGCCGUGGUAACAACUCGAGUAAAAUCGAUUUAAAAUUUACGAAUUUUAUUUUUAAUAAACAAAAACGGAUCGAGGAACCGAUAAUCGUUAUUUGAAUUCGCGCGUUCAAAUAAAAAGAAAAUUGAAUAUCAAAAUAAUACCGGGAUAAAUUAUUAUGGAAUAAAAAACACCCUUUUGUUUAGAUAAAUUAUAUCAAAGUUAUGUGAAACCGAUCGGAUCGCAGCACAACAUUUUUACACAAAGGUUAAAAAAAGGAAUAUUUCUCCGCCAUAUUUUUCUAGAUCCUUCCAUGGACACAAUCUGAUUUAAGUUUGUUGAAAAAUUAAUAAAGCAAAUACAAUUUUCAAGGAAAAAAAGAUACAAAAAUUUAAAAGUGAUCUACCCUAAAAGGAAUCAACUUCCGCCAUAUUUUCUUUGAUAUUCUUAGUGACACCGAGUAUCCUCAAGUUGAAGUGUCAGUUUUCAACCAAAAAGAUACAAAUUUCAAAAAAAAAGAUACAAGUUUUCAAGGAAGAAGUUACAAUUUGACAAGUGAUCUAAAAAGUGAUCUACCCUAAAAGGAAGCAACUUCCGCCAUAUUUCCUUCGUCAAUUCCAUGGAUACACCAACCUUGCGGAUAUAGAGUGAAUAUUUUCGACAAAAAAAGAUACAAAGUUCAAAAAUAAGAAAAGAGUUUAGAAAAAGUGAUUUUUUAAAAAUACAAAUUCAGUGUAAUUUCGAAGAGAUACCAAAUUAAAUAAAAAUGUCCAACGUAAUUUGCACUGUGUAAGUGUCAAAGUAAAAGGAAUUUAACACCAAUACAUACUCGUACAUCAGCCUGAUGACAAACUAGUGCUUGCGUGUGUAUUUGUGUUACUGGUGUUUGCCUUAGUGGUUGAAAUAAAUUCUUUUAUAAUCGCACUGAUAUUUAACCAUCUUCUUCGUCAUCUGGUUGCCUUGAUAUUUUCUUUUUCUUCGUUCUUCGUUCGGUUCUUCUUCUUCGUUUAGUAAUUAUUAUUAAUAUAUUUUUUUUUGAUUUUGUGUUUUCGUCGUCGUGUUCUGAGUGCCUUUGAUUUUCGUAUCUUAUUUUUAAAGGCUUGGUGCACACCUUGGGUUGGUGUAUUGAAUAUCACGCCCUCGAGAGCGUGUUAUUGAUGAUCAUAGAACGUGAAAUAUCAAAUUUUUAAUGCGAAUUAGCGGUCGCGUGUGACAAAAGAUACGACGACGACGUUUCUUCCUCCUUCUUCUACUUCUUUUGUCAUAGCUCACCUUCUGCACAAUAAUGAUGGGCGAUUCGACACCAAUUUGCCGCUGUCGGGUUCUCUAUCUUGGCAGUGCAGUACCUCGACAAAGUAAAGACGGUCUUCAAGGCAUUCAGGAGCCUCUGCGAAGCCUCUACCCCUCUGAGGGUGCAGUCGGAGCCAAAGGCAUUGAUUCAUGGCUGAGCGUGUGGUCAAACGGCAUUCUACUGGAAAAUGUGGAUGAGAAUCUCAAACAAAUAACUCGAUUCUUCCCCAUCGAAUCACUGCACUAUUGCGCUGCAGUUCGACAAGUCCUCAUUCCCGAACGGGGCAAUUCGAAUCCGGAGCCCAAAUUUCUACCACUAGAUUCACCAUUCGCCCGUAUGCCACGCGCCCAACAUCCGCCAAUAUUUGCUGCGAUUCUGCGCAGGACGACCGGCAUCAAGGUCCUCGAGUGUCAUGUGUUCAUAUGUAAGCGUGAGGCUGCGGCCAACGCUCUAGUCAGAUGUUGUUUUCAUGCGUAUGCGGAUAAUUCUUAUGCCCGACAGCUGGAGACUGGCGGUGGCGGUGUGGGUGGUAAUGGUACGAGUGCGGGCGGUGGCAGUAGUGUGUAUGGGACAUUGAAGAGUAAUGGUGCAGUGAGUAAAUCAAAUGGCGAUCUGACAGCAGUUCCGGGUGGCAGUGGAUGGCGAUCGCGAGCAGGCAGUACGACCACACUGAAUAGUGUUGGCCGGCAAUCAAAUGGACACCCCCAGCAAAGUCACAAUAUUAUGAUGAACGGUGGAAUGAGUCUGAAUGGCGGUGGCAGUAAUAGCAGUGCAGCUGAAGGAUAUACGUCUGUUAAGAAUUUUUAUGGCAGCAGUGCAGAUAUUCAUGUAGUAGACGAUGGGGAUGGCUCAAUCUAUAACGGCGAUGAGAAUCAUAAAGUCUGGAAUGGUUCACAGGAUCAACUUGAUGGCAUAGCCAUGGAAAGUCCGUAUGAGGUAUACUCGGGCAACACAUCAACCCUGGGCAGGCCGGUGAGGGCUCGACAAAUAAGCAACCCCAUCGAUGUUCCUCCGCCACCAAUGAAAGAAGAGAAAAAGAAAAAGGACAAAAAGUCAUCGAAAUCAUCGAAUGGCGGCGGCGGUGGCGGCGGAGGUCUUGGUGGAGGCAGUCAGAGUCUUUCAGGGACCCUAAUUCGACCGAAACCGAUUCAUGCAAACACCCUACAACGUCCGGGUAUGCAUCAUGGAGGUGCAGCAAGCGUGAUGUAUGGUCCAGUCAGUGGGCCACCACCAUCGAGGCACUAUCACACAAUAAGUCAUCGAGGAUUUCCGAUGAAUGGCGCCCCACCUCCACCACACCAUCCACAUCAUCCACACCAUCCACCACCGCAUCCGAUGAUGGGUCAUCCGGCAGGGCAUCACAUGGGUCCGGUUGGGAUGCCGAUGCAGGUCAUGAUGCCGCAGCAAUACGCAACUCUGCAGCCUUCCCGGACCUCGACCUCGUCGAAAAAGAAGAAAAAGGACAAAAUGAACGGUGGUAUACCUGUGGGAAUGCCCAUUGUUCCAUCGCUCUACGCCUACCAUGCACACGCACACGGUCCACCUCCGCCACAAGUAGCUCAGUCAAUGAUCGGCGAACCACGACCCCUGGCGAUGAGCAAUCGAAAGAUGGCUGCUUCAGUUGGCAACGGCUUAGACGAGUCAGGCAAUUCGGGAGCCGAAUCACCCGGCGGCACUGGCAUCUACCGGCGUAAAGGUCAUCUCAACGAACGUGCCUUCAGCUAUUCAAUCCGACAGGAGCAUCGAAGUCGAAGUCAUGGAUCACUUGCUAGUCUACAAUUCAAUCCGCCUGACAUGAAAAAAGAGCGUGAAAUUGCACAAAUGGUCGCCGGUUUGGAUCUUAAUGAAGCCGAUGCAGCGACACUGCAUAGGAAAUCAUCACAAGGACCUCCGAUGAUGAAUGGUGGUCCAGGGAGUAGUGCACAAGCGAUAUACGGUAAUGGCGGUGGAGCUGUAAUUUAUGGAAAUGGUGGUGGACCUUCGGGAAGUUUUGGAAAGCCACGAAGAUAAAAGGUUUUGUUUGUUUCGUUUUGUUUUCACAGAUAAGGAUAGAAAAUAAUACAAACAAGAAGAAGCCAGAAAAACAACACUUUCAGGAGACGGUUAGAAUUGUAGUUUUCUUUUUUUUUCUUCUUAGUAUAAAUAUUUUUCAAGUUAAUUUAAAAUUAUAUAACAAUGUAAAUUUGAUUAAAAAUUAAAUGAGAAAAAGAGUCGAAAAUUCAGAAUAUUUUGGUAGUCACAGAAAAUUAAUUUAAGCAAAAACCAGACAGAGAAUUAAAAACCCCUCAACGGAAAGGUAAAAAAGAAAAUUCAAAGUACGUUUUGUAUUAUUAAAACAACUUUUACUUGGAAAAAAGAAAUCAUUUAGAGUUGUUCCGGCUCGAACUACCAAAAUCGAUAAAAGUUGCCUAUGCAUGGCACACACAAUUGCUUCUAGUUAGGUUACCCGGCAAUGGUUGUACUUUAAUUAUGAGAAUCAAAUUUAAACUUGUUUUAAUUUAUAUACAAAUCCAGCUCGAAGGACCAUUUCAUUAUUUCACAUUUUUUUUAAUUUGAAGCAUUCACUUCUUUCUUAAACGAAAGAAAGUGAACUGUGUUUUUUAAACAAAAUUUUGACAAAAAUUCAUAAAUAAUUCGACCCAUAUGUUUAUAUUUCCCACAGCACUAGUUCUUAUCCGAUAACUUAUAGACCAAAGCCAGGGAAAAAAUAGAAGACUCACAACAAUGAGUAUCAAAUUACUUUUUUGUAUUCAACUUAAUUUAAAAAAAGAAACAAAAUUAUUAUUACAAAACAAUAAUAAAUUAUAUAGAUGCCAAAAACUAAAAUGAAAAACAAAAUCAAA